CCUGCCCGCGGGGCGCUGUGCGGGGCAGCGCUGCGCGGAGCACGGAGGCAGCCGGCAGCAUGGCCCGCCUGCUGCGCACCCUGCGCAGCUCGCAGCCCGUGGCGCGCUUCCAGCGCUGCUGCGGGCUCUUCCCCGCCGGCGAGGAGGGCGGCGGGGGCAGCGGGGACCCCGCCGAGGGGGGUCGGGACCGCGGCUCCUGCAACGGGGCGGGGGCGCUGCGCCGCCCGGCAGCCCCCGCCCGCAACGGGCAGCGCCGCGGAGAGCAGGGUUGCACGCAGAAGUACGUUGUGAAGAACUAUUUCUACUACUACUUGUUCAAGUUUUCAGCUGCUUUGGGUGAAGAGAUUUUUUAUAUCACUUUCCUUCCAUUUACCUACUGGAACAUAGAUCACUCUGUGUCUAGAAGGAUGAUAAUUGUUUGGUCGAUAGUGAUGUACAUAGGCCAGGUCUCCAAGGACAUCCUGAAGUGGCCUCGGCCCCUCUCACCACCUGUUGUCAAGCUGGAAAUGAGGACAGAUGCGGAGUACGGGAUGCCUUCCACCCACGCCAUGGCAGCCACUUCCAUCUCCUUCUCCUUUUUCAUUGCAACCCUGAACCAGUACAAGUAUCCGUUUGAACUCGGCCUGGUAGCAGCAUUCGUGUUUUCAACACUGGUGUGUCUCAGCAGGCUCUACACGGGGAUGCACACAGUCCUGAGCCUGUGUUCCUGGACGGGGUGCUUAGCUCUGACAAAAGAAAAGCAUCUUCCCAUUUACCCAAAGCAAGACGUGAUCGGCGGAGCGCUAAUUUCAGCUGUGCUGCUUGUGCUCUUGUAUCCCGCGUGGGACGUGAUAGAUCACUUGCUGUUAACUAGUCCCUUCUGUCCACUGCUUUCCAUAGUUGUGCCUCUUGUCUUAUGUUACAACUACCCCAAACUAGACAAUUACAGCCCGACCAGGGGAGACACCACGACUAUCUUAGGAGCAGGAGCUGGAGCAACUCUGGGAUUUUGGUUAAAUAACCAGUUUGCUGCACCAGCCUACACCAAUGAAAACUUCCAGUUUGGAUUUCACCUGAUCACUACUAAAAUAGCAGUGGUCAUGCUAGCCAGGUUCUUCAUAGGGAUCGUUGUUAUUCUACUGACGCGCCAGCUCAUGAAAAGUGUGGCCCUUGGCAUGCUGGGUUAUCGGUACAAGUUUCCCAUGGGUGACUUGGAAGCCCGGACACGACUGGAAGUCGAAGUUCCAUAUAAAUUUAUAACGUAUUCCUCAGUUGGCUUCAGUGCUACUGUGAUUGUGCCGCUGCUGCACGAGCUGUUAGGAUUGAUGUGAGCGCAGCACCUUCCUUGCAAAGUAAGGUAUGACACCACCAUUUCCAAGAUGAAAUGAAGCAAUCAAGGCUUGACCAAAAAGUGCUUUGUGCCUUUCUGCACUUGCCUAAAACACUCAAAUCGGAAGACUCAUGGGAAUCGCUGUACACAAAUAACUUUGGAUUAGAAAUCUCUGACCCCUCUGUGUCCCAUAACUAGAGACCCGUGGCCCAGAUGACUAAAGUUGACAAGCACAGAGUACAAAGCUAAAAUCUCUGCUGGAGUGGCCGCAGCGGCUGGUUUGCUGUGAGGUCAGGAGUGCAGGGGAGCAUGGCUGUGCCUGUGGGAUGCUGGCCCUGUGGCUCUGUGGGCUCCAAAACUGCCCGCUGGGCAGCGAGUUUGCUCCUGCUGAAGCAGGAGAGCAAACCAAGGAGGGGCUCAUGUUUGGGGCACAGAGGAGGUGGAGCAAGCACCUGGUGGGGUGGGGGAAGAGGCAACCAGCCAAGAUUGAAGUGCUGUCCUCAGGGCAUGCAGAGCUCGCUCUGCGCCCCACUGUCCCCUGUGGACUUGGGGCAAAGGAAGAGUGGCUGAAGAUGGGAAGGUGAUGUAGAGAUGGAAGCUCUUCAAGUGCUGGCACCUUCUCACUGUCAGGCUUCCGUGGGAGCAUCCUGCUGGCCAAGACUGCAGCAUCGGCAGAGAUCAGAGGCAUCCACACUUGGAUACAUCUGAGCAUCUUCCUAAAGAAAUCUGCUGAUUAUUGUACUUGUUGCUUGUCAUAGUCCCCUGGCAGCACUGCCAGACCUGGCUAGUUCUGUGUGUAUGGUUUUACACCCUCAAAAAAACCAACCAACUAAAAAAAGUAAAAGAGAAGAAAAAAAAAACCAACACAAAAUAUUUUAAGUGAUUUGUAACAAGUUUAUUUUGGAUAUUAAUAGGAAAGCCUCUGAAAGAUCCUUUGCCUGCCUUCCCUGGAGGUGUUUAAGGAACGGGUGGAUGAAGUGCUUAGGGACGUGGUUUAGGGAGUGUUAGGAAUGGUUGGACUUGAUGAUCCAGUGGGUCCUUUCCAACCUGGUGAUUCUGUGAUUCUGUAACCAAGCAGAGCUGUUACCAGAAUGUUGAGGCUUGUGUUUGAAGUGUUGAACUCCAAUUUAACUUCCCUGCCUAAGGGAUGGGACAAAGUCCUUCCUGUUGUGCGGGGGUGACAAGCAAUGUCCUUAAACCGCGUUGUGGAAGGGACUGAGCGGUGACUCCAGUGACUACAUGUGGUGAUGAUAAGAUGCCAUCAUUUUCUGCUGCUGUACCGCAGUGUGGUUGGUCUUAGAUGCAUCUUGCAAUACCACAUGUACACUUGUAGAAUAGCAGUUGAGGACUUGUUCAUAGGAGGGUGAUCGCUACAACUCAGGCUGCUUAUUGUAAAAAAAUACAUAUCUGUGUGUUGGACCAAUGAGCUGUUGAGCAGGACAGCGGUGAAUGAGGUCCACCUGGCUGGAAAAACGCUGUGGCCACAGAGCUUCUGUUCCUUUCCUGCAGAAUGUACAUACAAGCCAGCUUUUAAACCAUGUGCACGUGUCUUCCUGGCUGCAACACAACACAACCUGAGGAAUGUAAUGGAGAUGCUUUGCCAUCAGUUGACCGCUUGGAUAAGUAUGAGUUCCAGAAACAUAGCAGGAGUUUUGUCAGAGGAGCGGGAGGCGUGCACGUGAAAGAGCCGUGGGGGUUUAGAACCAGGUCACUGGUCUCUAGAAGAAAUGAAAGCAGAAAUUGUGAUGUGGGUUAACUGCUUUAAAUCAGGCUGUGUGGACACAUCUCUUUACACGUGCACACAAGCAGCUUUAACAAGUUUCUCAGCAGGACACACGGCCUUUGGUAAGCCCAGGACUCAUCAAACCCAAGGGGUCUUAUCCUCAGCCUCCCUUGCGCCCACACAGCACAGCAGCACUGUCAUCAGGCCUUAAAAUACCUUAUUUUAAGGGUGCUUUGUGAUGCACAGCUGCAGCCCUGUGGAGGUGCCACAUGACAGUGGACCAGAGCUGCAAAGAAAACCUUGACAGCAAGCUGAGUUUAACCCGUGAAGUGAAAUCAACUGGUCCCAAGAAAGGCGUGGUUUGACAGAGACAUUCAUGCAGUUUUAUGUGUAAGAUUUCUGUUCGGAAUCACAGCUAUUUCAUGCUAUGAAAAUUUUAUAAGUUAUAUAUAAAUGCUUGAAUUUAUAAAGUAGACGCACAAAUAUUUUUAUCUUUUAUAGUAUUCACCUGCAUGUGAUUCAUGCAAUACAUGCGAACUGUACUUGGUUCCAAUUUUAAAAUAU